GUAGCGUAUCUGUACAAGUGCUGGGUGUCUCGAACAGACUGUAGUAUCUGCCACUAUGACUCGACUGCUGAACCUUAUCUAAAGUGCGGCUGGUGCAAAGCAGACACAAACAAGUGUGUGGUCCAGGAGGCUUGUAACGAAGUAGGAGGCUUUUGGAUUCCUUAUUCAUUACCUUGUCGCACUAAGCCCAUCAUUACCAAGGUAUAAAAAAGAUGUUUAUUAGGGACUUUAAGAUCCAACGACGCGACGGCAACGAGAACUUCGCCUAAAGAGUGAAUUUGCGUUCUUUCAGUCUUUAUCGCGAUUAUGCCUACCCACUUACUUUGUCAAAUGUAGGCGAACCGUCCUGAAGUUGAAUUCUAAGGGACCAUAUCCAAGUUGAGAAAGAGAAAUAAAAUUUCGUCGUUGCUUGUUUACGUUCUCCAUAAAACGCGAAAUUAGGCAUUUUCACGUCGUGGUCGUGCAAAAACGGCAAAGAAAUGUACAAAAAAGUGUGAUGCACAUGCAAAGUUGUUUUGCUUAUUAAACCUAAUGUAUUUUUUGACGUUCUCGUUGCGGUCGCGUCGUUGGAUCUUAAAGUCCCUAUUCAGUCAGUGACACAGGCAGCUCGGAAGAAAAAAUCCGAGUUCUCCUAAUAGGAGUCAAACCUAUGACCUCCUGGUUACUGGUCAACCAGAUGCUCUACCACUGAGCCACAGGAAUCUCGUUGGAGCUAUGACCAUUAAACGAGAGGUUCAUGUGAGAAACAUCCUCCAUACUGCAUGCAAGGACUGGAAUAUCGAUAUAUAAAUUCACCAUCACAUUUCUAUUAUUGCGCAUUACGCAGGUAUUUGACUAUGAAUGCGAAAAAUAAAAUUAUUAGUCAUUUCAAGAAAAAAAAAGCACUUGUUACUUGUAAAAAGAAAGAAAGGAUGUACUUUAACCUUUGUUAGACUGUCAGAACGUGGGCUAUCCUGCGAGGAAGCUCUCCGGGGCGCUCUGGCGGCGGGCGGGAAAAGGAAGGAGAGCUUGAACUCCACCUCCAAUUUCUCCGUGGCUCCCCGUUACGCAGAUAUUCAAAUUCCAGAGACGUAGAGCGGUUACCAUUUGUAUGGAAAACCCGGAAAUUACGGGCAGAAUUCAAAUGGAACGAUUCAUCCCGGUAGAAAUUUUCCGCAAAAAAAAUUAAUACCUUUCAAGGUAUUACCUUUUGCCCUUUUUUACCGAAACGACCGAAAUUUUCUGCACCAUAUGUUUGGAUUACCAGUGCCAGGCUUCAUGUCGGGAGAAAGCGAAAAAUUUACCGGUAUUUUGUAAAUGGUACAACUCAAUCCCGUUCCUGUUUUCGGUGCCAAAAAAUACCAGUACCAUUUGACGGAAAUUUUUCACCGAAAUUUGUUGCAAGCUCUCCUUCCUUUUCCCGCCCCGCACCUGAGCACCUCAUAGAGCUUGCUUGCAGGCCAAACAUAGGCACGUCGAAUGUGCUCGAGCUAUUUUGAACGCUUAAGUGUAACUGUUCCGCAGAUCUACUAUUUUUACCAUAAAUGUAGACUUAUCUAGCUUAUAGUUUGAAAUUGUCCCAUUCUUGGGUAUUGCGUUUUAUGACGAUUAUAAAGUUACAAAAUAGCGGUUGAAAACCCGACCUAGUUGCGCACUGCUGAGUCUAUCCUUAUCGGGAUAGAUUCACAAUUCUUUGUCUUAGUCUCACCUCAGACAUACGACAAAAAUUGUAGCAGAAUGAAUCUUAAGCCAUUAAACCAUGGUUGUUUCGAAGGGUGCACUCGGGACAUUUCAUCAGAAUUCCUAAAAUAUAACUGAAAGGGAACACCGAGUACCGAAUACUUAACAAUUAGUCGCCGAAGGCGAAGGGAAUAUCGGCGAAUAGUCACCGAGACGAAGUCGAGGUGACUAUUUAACAAUUAUUCCUCGAGCCCAAAUGGGCUCUGAGUCGAUAGCCCAUGAGGCCGAAGGCCAAGCCAAAUGGGCUGUUGACUCAGAGGCCAUGAGGGCGAGAGGAAUAAUUGUUUUAGUAAAAUCCAACUAUUUGGUUCAAAAUAUCGAUACAAAUCAACUUUAACUAGUUAAAGCUACACUUUAAUCCUUUUUUGCCGCCAAAAAGCCGGCGCUUUUCGUUACUAGUGGGCUAUAACAUAUAGCCUAGUAGUAGCUCAAGCAAUCAGAACGCAACAUUGGUAAUAGAUCACAAGUUGGAUUUUACUAAUAAUAAAUAAUACAAUAUUCAUCAUUCUGGUAGACGGUUGUGUCAUCAUAAUUCACGAGGUUUUUAUAUGCAAUUUUACUGAGUGAAUCAGCCUUUAGGUCUACCAGCUCAACUCAAGUUACAAUUACCGCUGUGUCGAACUGUGAAUAACCAGUCCACAGGAGAUGUACAGUCGCACAGUUUGCUUGUGAAAUUGUUGGCCUUUGGGGGUUGUGGGUUGGACCCAUCAUUUAAUAUAAUGUUCUGUGACAUUUUAUUUUAGGUUUGGCCUCUGGCUGGUCCUAUAAGUGGUGGAACGGAAGUUGAAAUUUAUGGUUAUGAUCUCGGAAAAUCAUUCUUUGAUAUCAACAAUACUGUUACAGUGGCGGGUUAUUCAUGUGUCACCAAUCCUGACAAAUAUCAGCCAUCAAAAAGGUUUGCUAAGCAAGGGAACUGUAAUACCCCAUUCAAACCAAAGCGAUAUUUAAAAGCUGUUUCGUUCAACAUGGUCAAAACUUGUUUUGUUCAUGAACGCUGUCUACUGCUAUCUCUGACUCUGUUAGUUAGUUACGCCUUAACUGUCUCUUUUUGAAAGAUAAUUCCUUAUAGAUUUUCUGUAAUUUCUUAAAAACUUCGUGUAUUCUCUUAUUUUCUAUGGAAAUAAGAGAAUACACGAUAAUAACAACAACAAUUUAUUCACGUUUCUCAAUUUUCUUAUUUUACAGUUUGUUUAUAUAUUAUACCUAAGAAAACAAGCGUUUAAUAUAAGGCUUUAAUUUGAAAAGUAUAUAUAGGGAAAAAAAAGUAGAGAAAUGCCUAGGGCUUAAAUAAACACUAAUGUUUUCGGUUUAGACUCCGGAAAGUGUAUGUCUGUAAUGUUUGUGUAGCAUUCACUCAACAACAAAUGAAAAACACGCUUACCGCACGUACGCUUACAUAGAGCGGGAAAAUAACACUAAUCACUUUGUUUGUUGCUGCCUUGCUGAAGUUGCUGAUCGCUUUUUUAAGGUUAAGUUUACUUAAAUACACUAAGACAUACAUACAUACAUAUAUGCAUCCAUCCAUCCAUACAUUUUAUUUGUUUUUUUAAGAUUUAAGUACAAUUUUACCAUGCCCGCGGGUAGCUAUGCUAAUCUAGGCGGGGCAUGUUUUCAGGAAAUAAAUACAACUAAAAGUGACUGAAGAGCUAAUAAACUAAAACUGACAUAAAGACAAGAGACCACUAAUGCAAUAUUAAAGAUGACAACUCAGUUAUGACUAGAGACUACUGAUACACUAAACAAUAUUAAUAAUAACAAUCACCAGUUAAUAAGAGGAAAGUGAAUUCAACUUCACUUUUUGAACGAUUUCUGGGAGAUCAAUAUAAUAAGAAACUCUCCAAUUCAUCAUCAAUAUCGUUGUUAUUGCUGGUAUGGUAUUUUUAAAUAAAAGUGUACCUGCAGUUUCAGCAGUUCUCUUAAUCAAUAAUUCUUCCCAUUCAGCUUUCAACUUAGUCAAGCUCUUGACGAGAUUGUAUUUUAUUUGCAUCAAUUUAGGUUUCAGGGAAACUGCCCACCUACUCCUCCCUUAACUCAACGUUAACACUUAAUUCUCACUUAGGGCAAAAUGUUGGUUAGGGGAGGGGUAGGUGGAUGUCCCUUACUUUCAGUACCGUAACAUAAAAAAAACAUCUCUAUUAGAGCUGUAAGUUUAAGAAAUGCAACGUCUGCCGUGAGAUCACGUGACAUAAGAUGAAUUCAAAUCUACCGGGGAAAGAAUAUUGCCCAGAUUUCUUAAAAGGGUGUCAGUAAUGGUUUUAAGGUGUUGCCAGUACCUUUCUUUGUGGCUGUAUCACGACUUGAAAGUAUACUCCGAACAGUUUUCAGUUUAUUAUCUGUUGAUCAAUUCACCAUUAUCACAUAGACCGUAAUGGACGUUGUAAACCCUCCCCCCCCCUUAAGAAAAAAAUAUGCAUAACCAUUGUUUCCAAUUUCUUCUGGGUUUUAUAGUCGACCCAAGACGGGAAUCGAAGACAAUGGUUGUACGAACUUUUGGGGAGUAAACAAGAUGCACUAUGGUGUGUAUGAAAAUGGUGAAUUUUAAAAGGAAGUGCUGUAGGCUUACAAUAAAAACCAUGUUCACAUUGCUUGACAUCCGUGAUCAAUUUUUGUGUUUGUGUGUUUUGGCAGGGUCUUCUGUAAUACAACAGCUAGCACUGGUCCUGUAAGUGGGCCAGUUACUGUCACAGUUAAUAACCUCAAGGGACAGUCAGCAAAGCAGUUUCAUUACCAGGUCAGUUUAUUAACGGCAUGCCGAGUGAGGCGAAACACAACUUAUUAUGUGGUUAAGUCCUUCUUGUUUGUGAUUGAUUAAUUUUUGCUCCAAAACUUUUGACGGACGCAAGUUUAGAUGCAAACAAAAAAAUUUUCCUUUUUCUUCAAUUAUGUCACUUCAAGUGCAUUUGUUUUGAAAAGGAGAGUCAUUAAAGUUUAGUUUACUCGUAGUCUUGCAAAUUGGAAACCCUUUGGAUCGGCUUUUAAAGAAACGUAUAACUUUGGACAAGGUUUAAAAAAUCAGUGGCCGCCGAAAUUUGUUUCUAAGUGGCUUUUUUUAAGUAGAUAAAUGGUUUUCUAGCCGGGGUUGUAGGCCUUCUCUAUACUGUUAACUGCCAUCCUCGGAGACCCAGGGACGGUCAGUUGGGUCAGGAGAAACGGCUGCAAAAGUUUUCAAGAACAGGUGAGACAACCCCUGGGAUGCUACUCUUAACGAACUUGUUCUACGACUCGUUCGAAUUCUUGCUUUCGUGAUCUUCUUAUACGAGAGAAGUUCACCCGGAAAUUCGACUGUUCGCCGUACUUGUCUGGCUCGUACAGGAGAGCUUUCUUGGAGAAGAGUUUUCAGCGAAAAUGGGCCCCCCAAAAACCAAAGAAAUUCCAUAAUCGGUAAAAUGUCCGUAUAUCUCAAUAUAAAAAUAUCUUUUUUAUUGUUAGUAGUCUCUCUUGCAAUUUUAAUCGCUUGUCCGUUCCGUUUGUUUUCAUCGUUCAUGAACAUCGCUUGCAGGAGUACUAAAAAAUGUCGACGCGCGUAUCAAACGCUUUGUAAGAUUACACAUCGUUAUAACUGAAACCAUUAAAUAACAAAAUAAUAAUAAUAAUAAAUUCGCUAUCGUGUUGAAGCGUAACUCUAUUAAAGUUCAUUCAAACACUAGACCACACUGACAGCUCGCUUUGUAGAAACGAGAACCAGCUGGCCGUAUGGGUGAUUUUGGAAAUUUUUGAACGGUUUCGCUUAAAGUCCACGAGUGAUCGUCCUGAAUUUUGACUGAGUGCAGUUUGUCUUGAAAAAUUGUGAAAUACCGUAUUCUGUCCGAAGUCUGUAUGAUAAAUAGUACUGUUUCACCUCAAAUGUGAUGUAUAAAAAUUAUAAAAGGUUGGUUUAAACACCCCCAGAUUUGUUGGCAAGAAUUUGCAAAGUAAACCUGUUGAACGCAAAAAAAUUCGGCGUGAUUUGUUUUCCAAGAAUUUGUUUUCGAAGCCUAAUCUACUGUGAUCUUGAAUGUGAUCGAAGAUGUUUGCUAUUUUUUGGGUGUACAUAUAAGGUUAUCAAUUCGAUGUAAGAUGUUUCACUCUAAAAUAACUUAGCCUUUCCCUCAAAAGUCACAUGAAUGUGCCCUUAAGUUAACCGAUUUGUGGAUUAAAAGUUUAUUGUUCGAUUUAAAUUAUAAAUUUAUUAAUUGGAGCUUCGCUUUUAGCCCUGGCUAAAUCUAUAUAUUAGGCUUGUUCAUGCGAAAUCAUGUGCAUGGCUGUUUACGCUUGCUCGGCACAAUUGUUAGUCACGUGCAGGAGAAAUUUCUUUGCCCUUUAAGUUUGUAAGGUUGUUGUUAAAUUUUUCUCCUCAGUGACACAAGAGGAUCGAACAAAACUGUUAUGUUACUGCAUAAGAAAGCCUAGAAGUACUCUGGUGUUUGCGAAUUUACCUUUGAUCAGUCCACAGUCUGAUUUAUUCGGUUGGUACAUUUUUUGUUUUGUUUUGCUAACAUGCCAAAUUAUGGAACUUCUUAGGUGUUUUGGCGACCAUUUUCACUUAAAACUCUUCUUGAAGAAAGCUCUCCUGCGAACAGUCGAGUUUGUGGAUAAACUCCUUCGUAUGAGAAGAUCACGAAAACAGCGCGAUAGAUGCUGGCCUUCGUUGGGCACAACAAUCACAGACAAGCAUUCGAAUGAGUCGUGGAACAGGUUCGUUAGGAAUAGCAUCCCAGGGGCUCCCUCACCCGUUCUUGAAAACUUUCGCAUCCGUUUUUCCCCACCCAAUUGACCACCCCAGGGUCUCCGAGGGUGGUUAACAGCAAACAAUGUUUAGAUGUCAGGGUUGGCAAAAUUGAAAAAGGUCUAGAACACGGUUUUAUUAAACAACGUUUUAAUAACCGGCACGUUUAUUCUGCUUUUGUUUAAUAAGUCCUUUAAAACCCUUUAUCAGGCUCAUGUUUCUUGUUCCACGGAAAAGAAAAAACCAUAUAAUCAAGGUCCUAUAAACACAGUAUGGAUCGGGCCUUUAGUAGAGGAGGGAAAUUCGGUUUAUAAUUGACAGUUUGGGCCGAGAAAGUAAGGGCAGUAACAGGAAUCCUUUCCUGAUACACGAUGUAGGGUUAAAAGAGAAGGGUUUUUGGACGCGUCUUGUUAUGCUUUUGUUAUCGACUGUUCGCAAUAAAAGACUUGCCUAAAUGACCUCUCAGCGUGUGUUCCGACCCCUGAAGAGUUUGCUUCUAUUAACGCACAACCGGUCUUCAAUUUAUUUAUUUGCAGUAAGAUUAUAUCAUAAUAUGUUAAGUGCUUUCUCUUAGAAAUCGUAACUUAAAAUAUUCCCAUUAUUCUCAAUCUAUGAACUUGUAAAGCAUUCUCAUUUAAUUGCAGAACCCAAAACCAGUGGAUUUCAGCCCCCAAAAAGGCAUUAAAUCGGGAGUAAUAUCAGUGAACAUAACAGGCCUUAGGAUGAACACUGGAAGAUAUAUCACCGUUCAAGUGGCUGGGCGACAAUGUGUAGUGGACAGAAAUAAGUUAGUGUUUACGUUUAUUGAUGUUUAUGUUCAACUGCAGUUUUUCUUCUCCCAAAAGUGAACUAAAAAUUGAACCAGCGUAGUCUCCUCGGGUUGGGGGGGGGGGGGGGAGCGGUAUUUUAUGCAGCCAUUUUUGACUGGGGUAAUUCAUUGCUGCGAAAAUAAGCGAGCGGCAACAAUAAUUCUGACCGUGUUGGGCCUGAGCACUUUAUUUUUACCGCUUGUAGGCCCUGUGUAGCAGUCCGCAUGUGGCUUUAGUAUGACUUUAGCAACUGCUUAGUUCUUCUUUUUUUGCCAAUGACACUUUUUGCCUCUUUGUCUAGGGUGACAGAAAAAAAUGUUCCGUGUAUCAUCAGACCUACUGUAAACAGAAGGAGAAAAAGAUCAUUACAUGAAAGCACAGAAGUUAUUAUCACUUUUGACGGUUUUACCCCCGUUGGACCCAGUGGAAGUUUUAUAUUUGUACCUGAUCCUACAAUCACUGCUAUUGAACCUAACAAAGUUUAUUUUGGGUGAGUUGAAAAAAAUGUUUAGCGCCAAUUCAGAAAAUAAUUCAGGGACUUAAAGCAACCUUGAUAGCAAUGUUAAGGGCGUUCGAACGAGUACCCCAGCAGUGUUAAAGUAAUUGAAACGUUCUCCGCCAGUGUAAAGUAAUUGUGAGGCUCUUAGAAAGGAAAACUCAGUGGUCAGUCCACAAUACUCGUCACAAAUCGUUGAAACAGACACCGUUUCUCUCGAAUUUUCUGGAAAAAUCAUGAGAUUUCUACUUCACACUGUUUCCCCCCCUGAAAUGUGCCUUCUCCCUCCCCAAUGUUGAGCCAAGCGUAUUUUGAGGCACUGAGACCACUGUAAUACCCAAAUCAACAUUGGGGAAGGGGAAAUAGACACAAGUGUUACAAGAUUUUUGACGAGUAUUGCAGCUUCGAAUUCGUCGUGGCCGCUGUAUAAAAGCGCCAGAGACUCAUUUGUACCGGGUUAGCCUCGACCUGAAGUAAAAUAUUCACUUAAUACCGGCGAGAAGGUGCCUGACUUUGAGUUUAAAACAAUAGACACAGUUGUACGUAGGUCGUCUUCUGACUCAAAUUUGUGAAUAUAUUUACCUUAGGUCGAAACUGGACUAUACCAGGGGGCUGAUAAAAAGCAAGCGAAACUUUAAAACUUCGCACGUGCAUCCCACUUUUUUGUGUACAUUCACUGCACGAUUUCAACCUCAAGAGAGUUCAACUACAUUUGAAAAGUGAGCGAUUUGAAAUAUUUGUGAUAAAGACCCAGAAAAUAACGAACAGGAAUUCACUUUUCAAGCUGCGUUUUUCCUGCUGUCGCCGUCGUGGUAUCUUUAAUUCCCUACUUGAGGUAUAUUUCACGCCUGGCAAGAAAAAUGUUACUUCUGGUCACCAUAUUAGACGCUUCCGUAGUCAUUGUUUCAAAACCCCCGUUUACACGGUUCCUGGCUAAUUUUUGAACGGACAAAACUUACACAGGUCCGCCUUUCCUUUACACCGGACCCGCGGAACCCUGCAAGUUAGAGCGGUUUUCCUAUGACCUUUGAAAAAUGGUUUCGGUAAGUGUUCGUUAUUUGUUUUAUCAGCCAGUGGAUGAAAAGAUCAAAACAUGGCCUCUUCGUUUUCCCGCCAAAGAAAACCCUAAUACGGAGAAGGCAUUGUUCGAUUAGGCAAUCGUGUUGCAGUAUGACGUCAAAGCGAAGAAUCGAUUGAUUUCUAGAAAGUUCUCGGGCAAGAAGUUUUUUCACCCGAGCGUUCGCUUAACCAACCAAAAGCCCGCGCGCGUUUGUAUCCUUUCGAUAAACCAUCAAAUCGCUCUAUUUCCGUUCUUUUGUUGUUUCUGUUUUGUUCGCGCGUUUUCAUUUCAGGGUCACACGAGAAUCGCUCUAUUGAAUGACAAACAGUACUGCAAUCUGUAGCAGAAUUUGCACAGUUUCGUGUAAACGGUUUGCGGAGGUAAAAAGAAAAUUCGUCCGUUCAAACAUUUGUCCGGACCCGUCGAAACUGGGUCUGAGGCUACGUCCACACGAAUAUGAAUAUUUUUGAAACCGUUUAUCUUUUACAUAGAUACGCCUUCUAUCCACAAGAAACCAGUGAAUCCGGUCACCGAAACCGCUCUCCAGAGCGGUUUAAGGUCCCGUUCACACGCGAAUCCGGGUAACAAAACAUGCGCUUCAAAAAUAGUGACUUUAAGAUACACCGUUUCAGCCUACGGUUCGGCUAAGCGAACAUGUUUGCCUCGUAGUUUUAUAAACGGCGACCACUAUUUCCCAGAUGUCACCGUCACCGUUCUAACCGGUAGCUUAGCCGCUUCUCCAGGGUAAGAGGCAAUCUACCCGUAUUUACGGCUACGUGUACGGCUAGUUUACCCGUACCCGUACACCGAAACAGUGUAUCUUAUUAGGUCCCUAAUGUCUUGAUUCGUGUGGACAUGUUCUGAGUCUCUAAUAACUGCGGUAGGAAAUGUUUCAAAAUUUAAUGACGUUAUGGCUCAGUGAACUAAUGUGACAUGCGAGUUGGCGCUUAUUCCUUCGUCAAGAUGAAACAACCAGUGAAUGCUUUUGUUAUUUUUAGUCAACCAAUCAAAAACCUUGUCAUCAUCGAUCUAAAAAUGAUUCAAAUCCCGUCAAACCGGUUAUAUUAGCUACAACAUAUAAAUAGAACUUGACACAAUCUUAAUGAGAUACUUACGCAAUUGACGCAUGACGCCAUCGGCGUUUAUUCAUUCCUUCGCGAUGCCACAGCAAUUUACAGCGAAACCACUACAAAACACUGCAGAAACUGGUCCCUUCUAUACUACUAGCGUUUCCUUUGACUCAAUAUUAGAGAGCUUUAGAUUCCAGGACGAGGAUGACUACGACUACGAGAUUUGAUUUAAAGUUUUUUUCGAGUAUCGUCAAAAAAUAGUUACCCUGGAAUUCUUCAUUCUACUUUUUUCACCAGAAAAGUUAGCGCUGUUAUCGUGAUUGAAGGAGGUUACACGCUCUCCCGAUCGCAAAAUGCUAAAAAUUCUAACAUUUGAUAACUUGUUCCCGCCACUACGAUAUUCACGCCACAAAAUCGUAGUAGAAUGACGAGGACUGCCGCGUUUUCCCGUCAAAAUUACGCUGCCUCACGGUCCUGCACUACUUACUAUUGAGAAAUCUGGUACUCGUAGUCGUUCUCGUCUUAGAAUCUAAAGCUGUCUAUUUACAACUCAUGUUUUCUGUAAAAAAUUGCUUUUUUAGAGGAGGCCUUGAGUUGCGCGUGACGGGCACCAAUUUGGAUGCUGUCCAAAAUGCCGAGAUUUUAUUUAAAUAUCCNUUAGUCAACCAAUCAAAAACCUUGUCAUCAUCGAUCUAAAAAUGAUUCAAAUCCCGUCAAACCGGUUAUAUUAGCUACAACAUAUAAAUAGAACUUGACACAAUCUUAAUGAGAUACUUACGCAAUUGACGCAUGACGCCAUCGGCGUUUAUUCAUUCCUUCGCGAUGCCACAGCAAUUUACAGCGAAACCACUACAAAACACUGCAGAAACUGGUCCCUUCUAUACUACUAGCGUUUCCUUUGACUCAAUAUUAGAGAGCUUUAGAUUCCAGGACGAGGAUGACUACGACUACGAGAUUUGAUUUAAAGUUUUUUUCGAGUAUCGUCAAAAAAUAGUUACCCUGGAAUUCUUCAUUCUACUUUUUUCACCAGAAAAGUUAGCGCUGUUAUCGUGAUUGAAGGAGGUUACACGCUCUCCCGAUCGCAAAAUGCUAAAAAUUCUAACAUUUGAUAACUUGUUCCCGCCACUACGAUAUUCACGCCACAAAAUCGUAGUAGAAUGACGAGGACUGCCACGUUUUCCCGUCAAAAUUACGCUGCCUCACGGUCCUGCACUACUUACUAUUGAGAAAUCUGGUACUUGUAGUCGUUCUCGUCUUAGAAUCUAAAGCUGUCUAUUUACAACUCAUGUUUUCUGUAAAAAAUUGCUUUUUUAGAGGAGGCCUUGAGUUGCGCGUGACGGGCACCAAUUUGGAUGCUGUCCAAAAUGCCGAGAUUUUAUUUAAAUAUCCCUCAGAAAAUGGUGCUCUUUCGAAUACCACAGUUCAGGUAAGGUCUUCCGUCUUAUAUCACCAUAUUGUUAUUUUCCAUUGUCUUGUUAUUGUUAUUUCCUAGCCCUCGUCCACAUUAAUGCGUUUUCGUACGAAAACGCGUACAUUUCAAUGCGUUUAGGCCUUCCAUCCACGCGAAUACACUGCCCGUUUUCACCGAAAACGUGCCGAUUUGAAAACGCUCUUAAAAGUGGAUCGAAACAAAAACGCAUACAUAUCGUAUUAUUGUGGACGGUCGAAAACGCGUUAAAAUGAAGACGAUGCCGGACCGAAAUAUCAAAAUAUCAAAUAUCAAGUUCAUUAGCUUCUAGCUAUUUAACAAUUAUUCCUCGAGCCCGAAUGGGCUCUGAGUUAAUAGCCCAUGAGGCCGAAGGCCGAAUGGGCUAAUGACUCAGCGGCCAUGAGGGCGAGAGGAAUAAUUGUUUUAGUAAAAUCCAACUAGUUGGUCAAAAAUAUCGAGACAAAACAACUUUAGCUAUCAAAACGCGAUUCAGCUGCUAUUGUUUUGGUCUCCAAAGCCGGCGCUUUUCGCUACUAGUGGGCUAUAACAUAUAGCCUAGUAGUAGCUCAACCAAUCAGAACGCAGCAUUGAUAAUAGACCACUAGCUAGAUUUUACUAAUUAGUGUUACCCUCUCUAAAUAAAGUGUUUACUUACUUACUAUCGCAGAGGCGUGUGUUUGUAGCAUGCGCGUAGAGUUCAAUUCUAUCGUUUUCGAACAUUUUAGUGCGGACAGUCGAAAACGCAUCAAAACGGUAGUGUGGACGCGAAUCGAUCGAUGCGUUUCGAUGACAAACGCAUUAGUGUGGACAGGGCCUUAUACUGCCGUCAUUUUUAGCAAAACAAUUGAAGGGGUGCACCGGACAAUGCUGUAGUUCACAUUGAGAAAAGCACUUUACUUUAUUAUAGUUCUCGGACACAUUAGCGAGGCCCGUUUAGGGUAAAAUAUUCGACAAGCGACAUGGCCUUUGAACAGCGACACGAGACUAGAUGAAAUGACGACAAGAGACAUAAAGAUGGGUUGAAUACGGACAGGGACACAGCCCACUUCUCAAAACACGAAACGGCCGUGUUUGAUAUUCGACUAGGGAUGUACCUACCCACCCACCCCCCUCCCUCCCACCAGUCCACCCUAGGAAGGCCCCAUUAGCAAUCGUCGUUUGCCGUUUGCCCUAAAAGUGAUGAUAAACAUCUCUCCUGUCUCUCACCUUUCCGUCCACGCUACCAACCGGUUAUUUGUUAGUCAGCACUCGCUCUAUAGGUCGUAUAUCUUUUAAAUUGAUGUUUUAGGGUUGUAAACCAGAAAGCAGUUCAUGGAUGACAUGUCGCUCUCCAAAGGUGCCAAAUCUUGCAGGAAAUGUAACCAAAGUAACAGCUGUAUUCAUCAUGGAUGCUUUAAACGUGCAGUCAAACUUAACUGUGGCAAUUAUUCCCGAUCCGUAUUUCGUACCUUUUGCCGAAGUACGUCAGUUGAAGGAAGCCAGCCUUAUCCUGGAGGUAUUAAGAGAGAACUUAUUGCACUGUUAAAUCCCUUUUAGACGUUUUCUCUCAAGAAUUUCCUAAGCGGAUGUUAUGGGAAUACCUCAUUGGUACUUAGUUUCGCGAUUUUGACGAGACAGUAUUUCGCGGGGAUUUAUUUUUGCGAUUUCAAUGGGCACAUAUGAAAAAAGAGCAUUAAAUUUAUAUUUUGGCUAUUUACGUUCUUAAAUAGGUUCUUAUUUUCUGAAGAGAAAAAGUACAUUCUAGUGAAGAGAUUGUAGUGCCAUUAGCGGAAAAUCUGCGCAAUACGUAUGCGUAAUACGUAUUUUUUUACAAAUGACUAUAAGAAGAAAAACUGAAGCCCUGAGUUUUGAAGUCCUCCUUUAGCGUUUACGUUAUUAGUCUCGCUUGCGUAAGCAGCGAGACUCAUAUUCUGCAACGCGUUUUCUUCGUAUUUAUGAAACAAAAGGGGGUUCAUUGUGCCAGGCGUUCCUAGUGGAGACCGUGGAAACUGGGAAUAAGAAUCGUUGCGUGAUCGAAGCCACGCAUGUUUUGCGAAACAAGCUGAGGAAAGAUUAACUUUAGAGCUUUUCCGAAACAUGUCGGUCCACAAAUUCUGUCGUUUCAAAGCGUUGAUUACUUUGGAACAAGUGAACACUACUGCGUGGACGAAAAAUAAUAAGAAUCUUAAUCAUCAAAACUGCGAUGGUCGGGUGUUGUAAACUUUCAUUGUAUGCAAAUGAGUCUUGUGAUGAGCAUGCGGUUUAUUUUCGGCGAUGAUUGAAAUGACGUGCCAUGUAAAUCACUUUUUUGUUCGCUGGCAAUGAUGUAAUUUCUCUGGAAUCGAGGCCCUUGAAUUUUCGUGUAUUUAUACACGCGUAUAGCCUGCGACCGCAGACGUAUUUCCGGUCGUCGCUAACACGCGAAUUUAAUCAAUUCAGAAACAAAUAAACAGUAUCGACUUCGUUAAAGUAGGAAGUAAAAACCGUUUCGCGAGUAAAUCCUGUUUCGUGUAGAAUUAAUCACCUCCUCAUUUCUCGAUCUAAUCUCCAACCAAGCGAGAGUGAACGCCGCUGUAAGAUAUGGUAGGCGGAAUGGUGCACAAUUCAACGAAUCAAAAUCACUACCAACAUCAACAACCAAUCUGCAGUUCAAAAUUUUUUUUCUACAUCAACAAUGCCUCUAUUUCCCAGCAUGCCCUGUGAUUAGAAUUUGUGGGUCCCAACCUCCCUCGACCAUAGCCAGUCGUUCGUCCCCAAAUUGUUGAAUGUGUUUUGUUGUUGAAAUCGAUGUACGAUGUUGGUUGUGAGGCAAAUCGUUGUUAAAGAAAAGAGGAAUUUUUGUUGAUGUUGAUUUUCUCUAGUUGUUGAAUUAGGCAUACUUCGAAUGUUGAUUAUUGUAUUAAUCGUUGAAGUUGGACCGAUUUUAUUGUUGAUGUUGAAAAAAAAUGUUGAACUGCAGAUUAUGGUUGUUGAUGUUGGUAGUGAUUUUGAUUCGUUGCAUUAAUUUUGCACCAUUCCGCCUACCAUAGUAAGAGCGUUCUUGUUUUAUAUAGAUUCUAGAACAGAAGAACCUGUUCCAAAUUUUAGGCUAAACAGGUUCUCGUAGAGUGAGUUUUCUUUACCCGUAAAGCAGUCUGUCACAAUUACCGCCAAAUAGUUACGAGCAAACAAAAGGAAAUAACGAAAUUACAGGGUAAAUAUGCGUUAUUGACGAAGUAUGAGGUGAAGUUGGCUGAAUAUUGGCCAAGUUCUUUUUUGCGUUUUUAUUGAUGGAGACGAAGUAGAGGUCAAUAAAAACGCAAAAAGAACGAGGCCAAUCUCCAGCCAUCUUGACCUCACGUUUGGUCAAUAAAGAAUUCAUUUUAUGGUCUUCAAAAACUUAUUAAUAAUUCAUAAGCCCAUUGACCUAUCAAAUGGCCGAUAAUACAUCACGUGCAGUGACUUUAUAUCGACAAAACCUUCCCUUACUAGUAUGCGUUGUUUUUAUCAGAUAUAAAGUCACUGCAAGUGACUCGUGAAUAGUAAUAAGCAGCACAGCAAAUGACACAACAAAUGGUGGGUGAAUAUUUAAUGGUCUUUCAAAAUUACACUCGCAGUUAAUUUACUAUUGCACAAAAUUAAACUUUGUUCUUUCACCAAUUUAAUCAGCCAAAAGCUCAGUGANCGUUAGAAAAGAGGAAUUUUUGUUGAUGUUGAUUUUCUGUUGUUGAAUUAGGCAUACUUCGAAUGUUGAUUAUUGUAUUAAUCGUUGAAGUUGGACCGAUUUUAUUGUUGAUGUUGAAAAAAAAUGUUGAACUGCAGAUUAUGGUUGUUGAUGUUGGUAGUGAUUUUGAUUCGUUGCAUGAAUUUUGCACCAUUCCGCCUACCAUAGUAAGAGCGUUCUUGUUUUAUAUAGAUUCUAGAAAAGAAGAACCUGUUCCAAAUUUUAGGCUAGACAGGUUCUCGUAGAGUGAGUUUUCUUUACCCGUAAAAUAGUCUGUCACAAUUACCGCCAAAUAGUUACGAGCAAACAAAAGGAAAUAAUGAAAUUAGAGGGUAAAUAUGCGUUAUUGACGAAGUAUGAGGUGAAGUUGGCUGAAUAUUGGCCAAGUUUUUUUUUGCGUUUUUAUUCAUAGAGACGAAGUAGAGGUCAAUAAAAACGCAAAAAGAGCGAGGCCGAUCUCCAGCCAUCUUGACCUCACGUUUGGUCAAUAAAGAAUUCAUUAUAUGGUCUUCAAAAACUUAUUAAUAAUUCAUAAGCCCAUUGACCUAUCAAAUGGCCGAUAAUACAUCACGUGCAGUGACUUUAUAUCGACAAAACCUUCCCUUACUAGUAUGCGUUGUUUUAUCAGAUAUAAAGUCACUGCAAGUGACUCGUGAAUACUAAUAAGCAGCACAGCAAAUGGCACAACAAAUGGUGGGUGAAUAUUUAAUAGUCUUUCAAAAUUACACUCCCAGUUAAUUUACUAUUGCACAAAAUUAAACUUUGUUCUUUCACCAAUUUAAUCAGCCAAAAGCUCAGUGACUCGACGGUAAUAUUGGCCAUAGAAGUGUCCAAGCGUUGCACUCAAGACUUGCCAGUUGUGAAGAGGCAAGGCUCGAGUAUUGGAUUUUUGUUUUCCUACCAUUCGGCCAUUCCAGAACCUUUUUUUCAAAGACUACUUUUUCACUGCACGUGUAGACUUUAGGGUAGCAUUUUCGAUUAACUUCCUCUCUUCCUCGGUAUUUUUAGGCUUCCUAAAAGCUCUGGAACAGGACACCAUGUCCUCUUCGGUUAGUGUCGUUCGCAGAAGAAAAGUUCUAAACGCAUGUGAGACUUGAUUUUCUUGCAUGUCUAAUUUCAUCCCUAAUAUUUUUUACAUAUGCUAAUUCGAACGUUCACAAUAGCAUCGUUGUUGUCAACUCCAUUGAGACACACCUUUCCUGGAAUGUCUUUGAAGACGUUCAAUAAACUCGCAGCACGUGUUUUAUCGGGUCUAAAAUUACGAGCCGAAAGCGAGUGAUUUUAAAACCGAUAAAACACUGCUGCAAAAUUUAAACAUUACAAAAAGAGAACUCAGUCAGAAUGCAGGAUCGCCUCAUCUUGCCUGCUCGCGGAUUUAGCCAUAUAAUCCGUAUUAGUCUGUUAUCUACUUCACGGGUGAGGUAAAAUCACUCUAAAGAGGGGGUCUAAAUUUAGCGCUAAGAGGAUUUUAAAAGUCAGUUUCUUACUUGUGGGAUAGUGCUGUAACUAAAAUCCCAGGUGGGCAGAUUGUCAAGAUCAAGUGUUGGGUAUGUUUUAUCCUCAGGGCAGAAAUUUAGAAAACGCAUUGAAAACACAGAUGUUUGUAACCGUCGGAGAACUGCCGUGCAAGAUUACCGGUGUGGAUAAGGUACGUAUGUCAUCAAAUGGUGACGGGUGAAAUUAGGGAAUUUUUUCACGCGCGUUUUGUCCAAAUUAUUAGAUUUUGGACAAAACUCAUGUGAAAUUAUUUCCUAAUUUCGCGAGUAUGCCAUUUGAUUACCUAUUAAUAUAAUGGGUGACAAAUUAACCUUACAAUCUUGGGGUUUUGACACGUUUACCGAGGUUUAUCGAAUCGAUCGAGAGCUCCACGCCACUGCUACGCACAUAAAAGUUUAGAGCUUAAAUUGAGCUUAAGUUCAGAAUUUUCAGAAUUUUUCAACCAAAGGCCUCAUAGAAUCUUUCUUGAUGUGCUCUUUCAUGUGUUUAGGUUUUCUAAGCGUCUUUUAAUGUCCUGACAGCUUCAUUCAUAACAUUUUUAAACCUUAACGCCAUCUUGGCACUGAGACGUACUAAACGUUGCCAUGUCAAUUUUGUAAUGUAACGUGUGAAAUUUUAAAUUAACGCUGAAAUUUCGGGCGAAAAUUAAGGAGUAAUUUGUCACCUAUGAUAGUAUAUGGUCAUCUCAUACAACACGGCUGAGUUGGUUAAUUGAGAAAUGCUUUGUUACAAUGAAAAAUAUCUUCCAGUAAACUGUGUAGUGGUCUUGUUUUAGGAGCAGCUUGUUUGUUUGGCGCCCACUGAGGAAAGUCACAGCUCAAAGCCUCCUAAUGGACUAUAUGCUGUUAAGGUUGGAUUGUUUUGUCUUAUAGCGAAUUGCUAAUAAAUGAUGAUGACGAUGAUGAUAAUGAUAAUGAUAAUAAUAAUAAUAAUAAUAAUAAUAAUAAUAAUAAUAAUAAUAAUAAUAAUAGUAACGAUAAUUAUAUAAUAAUAAUUAUAAUAAUAAUAAUAAUAAUAACAACACUUUCACUCUGAAGAUGACUACCGCACAGGUUGUCGAAACGUCAGUCACUGUCAACAACAACAGUCCUAUUCAGGACUACGUUCACCCGGACGAUCAAACUCAACCUACUUUUGAAAUGACUCCUGGGUUCAAACCUUUCACAGAAUAACAACAAUAAUAAUAAUAACCAACAAAAUUAUACCACGAUCUUAUUAGUAAUAAACAUUUCUAAAAAUCCACGGAAUAAAACCAACUGUUUCAGCUAAUUUAAAAGGCAUUCGAACAGACUUACGUUCAGUUGGUCAUAUCAUAAAUGACUUUUUUGUUUUCCCAGGUUGUUGUCGGAAACUUACAUUUCACCGUUGGUAUGUUGGAGUACUUUUCACUGCCGUCCAACGACGUGCCGUCCAAAGACAUCCCAAUUUCCGUUUGGUUUGGCGUAGGAGGUGGUGUUCUCUUACUCGUUAUUUUUCUCAUUAUCGUUCUUUGCUGGAGUCAGCGCAGUCGUCGGAGACAAAAGAGAAAGUUUCAAAGUCUUAAGUUGCAGAUGGUCAGUCUACAAUCCAACGUCGCUCAUGAGUCCCUAGAAGGUAGUGUAAAGCGAUCAAGAGAGAAUAAUGGAAAAGAUAGGGAAGCGCCCAGUCUAGCCCUUGGGAUAUGUGAAUUCACCAAAGUUAUUUUUAGACCAAUUAAAUUUUGAAAUUAAUCGGAAGUUGGUUUCCGGACAGGUCCGCAAACAGUUAUUCAAUGUUGCAAGAGAGAAUAAUGGAACUUUAUGCUCUUUUGGUGUGUCGUCAUUACAAUAUUCUACAUUGUUUGCUUUGAGGGAGUCGCGCGUGGACCAGAUGACGUUUCAAACAAUCGAUUAAAAUGUGCGCAGGUCCCAGGAAUUAGACUUCCAUUUAAUGACUACCUCUUAAACUAUUACAUGAGAAAUUUCUGCAAUUUGAUAGGCUCAGAGCUCUAGUAUUUCAGCUUAAUUUGAAAAACCUACAUGUGAAAAUUACAAAAACUCUUGCGGGUAGUAGUAUAAACAAAUAAUAGCAUGAUUUGUCGUGAUAUUUGGCAUAAAUACCACUCGUGAUAUUUCAAAAUUGUCUCAAAUUUCACUCGUCAAAUUACGUAUAGCAAUUUCGAAAUAUCACUUGCGGUAUUUAUGCCAAAUAUCACUACUGACCAUUCUAUUACCUAUAUUAAAAAUAACUUAAGUGAAAUUCACAUAUCCCGGCCAACAGACAGAGAUGAAUAAAAAACAAAUGGUACACUUGUACAAUUUUUUAAAAAUAUUAUUCUCUCUGGCUACUGUUCACUCUACUAUUGUUUUACAAGUUUGUGUAACAAAAACCAUACUUCAUCUCCGUUUGGGAAUCGCGAGAGGAGCGGUUCGCGGCAGACUAGCGCGUGAGGUUCUGCUCUUGGCCCAGACUGCAUGUCUUAAUAGUGCUGUUUAGCUUGUGUGCUUUAUUUUCCCAUUUUUAGAUCACAUGAUGGUACCCCAGAGAACUGUUUCUUUAAAAUAUCGUCCUAUGUACGUGCAUCCACGUGCAUAUGUAUGCAUAUUAAAAAAGUUACAAAUAGAUAAAAGGAGAACAUAACGUGGUCCGAGUUGGGAAAACAAAACGUACGAACUAAAAAGGUCUAUUAACAAGCUCCAUAGACCGUCUUUACAUGACGUCACGUCCACCAUAUUAGUAUCUCAAAACAAUAAAAUGGCGGCCAUGUUUCUACCCCAAACCAACCUCGUGGGAGUUGAACCUCUUUCUUAAUACGGCUUUCAAUAAAUUUGCAUAGGUUUUGGCCACGUUAAGGGAGACAAUAUAUGAGACUUCCAGUUUUGGAAAAAUAAUGAGUUUCGCUCAUAAUUUUUCCAUAAACUUCUUUGAAAAGUUCGUCAAAAAAUGAAACACGAACGAUAAAUAAAUGGUGUCCUUGUUUUCGUCAGCAGACAUAGGUGUUAACGCUAAAAAAAAACAUCAAGUGUAUUUUUAGAUAGUGACUGAUAUGUCCAAACCUGCAUUUGGUUGGCGUAUACUAUUAUUUCCCUUUUGAAAUCUCUGAAGUAAACCUUUGUAUCCUGAGGGGUCCGUUAGGGGGAUCGACGGAAGACAAAAACGAAAACGUUGGUUUACUUUUCAAAGGUAUACAAAUGAGACGAUAAUAAUUGAUAUUUAGAUAUUAAUUUAAAAGAGUGCUUAUUUUUUUAAAGCUGUACCCAGUAAAUUUUUUCCGUAAACAUGCUUUAUUCUCUCGCGUACAAAGUUCAACAGACCUUUUACGUUCCGGCAAAUUAAGUGCAACCUCAUCACAGGUUUUCUCCUAACUACACUGGAAACACUUUUUGGGCUAUCUAGAGUACUUUUACAGCUCUGGAAAUGCAUUCUAGGCGGCGCUAUAAAAUUUGUAUCUGUUCGGUCAUCCUAGGCGAACUUGAGUUUUUUCGAAAUUACAAGGGCUUCAGUAUUAUUUUCCCGAUAAUUUUAGAUGCAAUUUAAAGUAUUACGAAAAUGAAAAUUUUUUUUGA